AUUCCAAAUUACUUCCAUCAUCACAAGCAGUCUUCUCCUAAGCAUUAGCAUUUGGUAGUGAUUAGGAAGGUAAAGACAAAGCAGUGAGAUCAGUUUAAGAUGGCUUCCAAAGCUUGUUCCUCCCUUGCCAUUUUCCUCACACUCAACCUCAUUUUCUUCUCACUUGUCUCUGCAUGCGGUAGUUACUCAUGCCCUGGUCCAAGCCCAAAGCCAAAGCCAACACCCAGCCCCAGCCCUAGUGGCUCCUGCCCCCGUGACGCACUCAAACUAGGUGUAUGCGCCAAUGUGCUCAACGGCUUGGUUAACGCCACCUUGGGUCAACCACCGGUUACCCCUUGCUGCUCCCUUCUCGAUGGCCUCGUUGAUCUUGAGGCUGCAGUCUGCCUCUGCACUGCUCUCAAAGCAAACAUUUUGGGCAUCAACCUCAACCUUCCCAUCUCACUCUCCUUGCUUCUCAAUGUUUGCUCCAGAACUACCCCACGUGAUUUCCAGUGUGCUUAAUCACAACAUAUAUCAUAUCAUCUUCAUCUACUUUUCUACGUCUGGAUUUCCUUUUUCUUCUGUCAUAUUUCAUCAACCUGUGUGUUUUCUAAUUGAUUGUACGUGCAUGAGGGUUAGCUUCUCCCUCCUCCUUAUUUCUUUUAGUUCCAUGGUUAGAGUGUUGUUGCAAUAAGUAUAAAGUUCCUGAUGCUAUUAUUUCUGUAAAUCGUAGCCUGGGAACCAAACAUGAACAAUAUGCUGUUACUUAUUUCUUUGAGACAUGAUUAUAUUACAAUAAUUCUUCUUAA